ACAUCUCCGGAUCGAAACAAACCCCUUCGAACCCAAUCCAGUGUCAACAAGGUAGUCCUGCGUGUCUGUCAUAAUCUACACACGAAAUCAAACAGAAUAAAUCAAUUUCAAGAUGGUCAAGACAACUCUUUUCAUCGCAGCGGCAACCGUUGCCGCUGUUGGCGCCUUCUCCCCCAACAUGCCUCAGACCGUAAGUUUCACGAGGUCGAGGACAGGCAUCGAUAAGCACCAUACAAGCGCUUUGGAAUAAUUGAUAUCAGCGAAGACGUUUGACUUAGGAAGGUUUCAUUGGAAUGGGAAUCUGAGGGAGGACUAAAUUGACGCUUGGUCGAGUCAUAGCCUCCGAAGUAUUGUAUUUUUGCUGAUGGGGAAAUAAACGUAAGACGCCCUUGUAACUCACUUCACUCUCUUCGCAACUUCUGCUUCCUUCGACACCACAACAACGAAAAUUAUGCUUCACUUCUACAAUGACGCAAUAGGAGUCCCCCGCCACGGCCCGUCGUGACUUUUUCAAGGACACCGCCGCCGUUGUUGCCGGAGCCGCCCUCGUCUCCAUGCCUCAGGUUGCGUCCGCCGCUGUAGAGGUCCCCGAACAGAUCACCCAGUACUCGUUCCCCGAAAACUGGGGCCUCACCCUCAAGUAUGAAGAGGAUGCCGCUAAGGUCCGUGAUCACAUGUACACUGCCACGACACUGGGAAAGGGUGCCGAUCGCAUGGAAGAAUACGGAAAGAACAUGAAGAAGGAAAUGAUUGAUUUCGUCUCCUACUACCGUCGAUUCCCCAAGAUUGCCGGAAAGCCUUCUUUCUCAACUCUUUACACUUCCAUCAAUGUCUUGGCCGGACACUACACCUCCUACGGAUACAAGUACCCUCUUCCAGAGAAGAGACGCAAGCGAUUGUACCAGGAGUACAGUGAAAUUGCCAAGUCCCUCAAGCGCGGCCGAUAAACUAGCACCACCUUUCCUGUCGUUAAAAUAUCAUCUCUAAAUACAGCAUCUUUUUUUGAACCCUAGCUAAUAAUUCAUUAAGAAAAAU